AUUACAUAUCAUCAUAUUCAAUGGAAACAUAACCAAUCCAAUUUAGCCCAUUCAGAAUUUCAACGGGGUAUCAAGACAAUUAAUGAAGCACAUGAUAAACAUCAAAUUGUUCUAGUACAUUGUCAACAAGGUGUUGAAAGGUCAGCAGCACUUGUCUUGGCGUUCUUGUUAUUUAUCUCUCAUCAACCUGGCAGUAGCCACCAUCAACCAUGGUCCUCCCUGGAACGAGCCAUGGGAUUUGUAAAGGAAAGAGCACCGAGUAUACAACCCAACAUGGAGUUAUUAUAUCAAUUGAAAGAAUUUGAAGAAUUA